AUGGCCACGAUCCGCGCAGUGGCUGCCGAGGCCCGGAUGAAAAGAUUGCGCCUUGGCAGGGACCCCACAGCUGCGCUCCUUUUCUGGCCGCUACACCGCCUCCGGGUGCCAGUGUGCGGCUUCAGCUUCAACAACCUCUUCCGCUUUGCAGACUGGGAUGGUGAUGGCGACAUGGAUUUGAUCUUUGGUCAUUACAUGAAUACCUCAGACCCCUGGGACAAGCUACAGAUUGAGUUCCACGAGCGCCUUCCUAGUGGCGCCCUCCAAGCAAAGCCCUGGCAUACCGUGGAAUCGACUCCUGAGGCGAUGGAAAGCUGGUGA